AUGCAGAAUUGUUCUACGGGGUUUAGAAUGGGCACCUCUGGUGCUGGUUCAUCCGAAACAAGUUCUGUUAAAAAGAAAUUCAGAAGAAGACCAUCAUCGACUAUAAGGAAGGAACAGAAAGCUCAACAAAAUGCGGGAGUAAAUGAGAGGGGCACAAGCGAGAAUACAGUUUGUGAGAGCCUGAUCAAACGAAAGGCGGAAGAAUUUAUGUGGCGGGGCACAAGAUAUAAGCAAACCAUUUUCUCACGCCUAGAUCGGUGUUUCGAGAAUCCAGAGUGGUAUGACUUAUUCCCAAGUGCACACCAAUGGUUCCUUGAAAGAUUGGGAUCUGAUCAUAGACCCGUAUUGGUCAAAUUCAUGGGAGAUCGAGAAACAUUCAGAAGCCAGCUCCAUUUUGAUAAACGAUGGGCCGAGGAUCCAUUGUUUAAGGAGACGGUCAAAGAGGCAUGGAAUGGGAGCUCAAUAGGAGGGAUAAAGUCUACAAUGGCUCGAAUCGCUAACUGCAGGCGUGCUUUUAGCCACUGGAAACGAAAGAAAGGCUCCAACUCCACAGAAAGAAUUAAAUAUGCACGAGAGGAACUUGAGUAUGAAGAAGAGUUGAGAACGCUGAUGAACAUCAAUUUAAAAGUGUCAGACUUGAUCGAUCAUGGCACCGGAAACUGGGAUAUGCAAGUUCUCCAUGAUUUGUUUACAAGGGAAGAUAUAGCUCUGAUUAAAAAGCAUAGGCCAAUGUUAGGAAGAGAAGAUGGUUAUACUUGGGCGAAAACAAAGAACAGUAUGUAUACAGUUAUGAACUAA